GAGAGAAAGAGGUGGGAAGGAGGGGGUCCCUCCAUUGCCGACUUUCUCCAAAAAUCCUUUAAAGGACGCCUCGUCUCUCUCUCUCUCUAGAGUUAUAUACGCCCUCUGCAAGAUACCCUCUCAAAAUACACAGGCCCUUUCCUUUUGGGGUCGAAGAAAAAUUGCAAAUUUUUCUGUUAUUUUUCUUCUCAUGAAACCCCCCCAAUAUCCAUUUUUCUUUUAACCAUCUUUCUUCUCUCCCGGAAAAUCAAUUUUCCGGGUUUCGAUUUCGUCGUUUCCCUGCAAAACUCUGGUUUUUAGCUAUUUUUCUUCUUCGUCUCUCUCUCUCUGGAAACUCUCAAGUUCUGUCCAUUUCUCUGUGAUCAUGAAAAGGUCUAAUUUUUAGGCCUUUUUCUUCUUCAUCUCUCUGAGAAAUCUUAGUUUUCCGGCCACUAUUAUUUUGUGUUAAAUAAGAUCAAAUUCCAGCCAUUUCUCUCUCUCUCUCUACGGCAAAGUUUUUUUUACCUAUUUUUCCUUGAAAACCGGUUUCCAGGCGAUUUUCGAAACAAAUCUCUCUCUAAAAAUGGCCCAGAGAGAGAAAGACGUUACCGACUGCGAGGUUCCCGAAACCCAUCAGAACCGUUUUGGAGAGGCCGGAAUCCUGACUCCGACACCGUGUCCGUCUGUGUCAGGAGCCGGAGACAAGAGAUCCGGCUGUGUCCCCUCAUCUGAGAGGGCGGGAGAGAGAGUUCUCUCUGUCCCCGCCUUUAGUUCUGAAAAAAUAAGCCGUAAAAGACCAGAGGAAUCGCCUGAAAAUCCGACACGGUAUCCGAAUCGGUGUCAGAGUUGCCGGAAAAGGGUAGGGUUGACCGGAUUCCGAUGCCGGUGUGGCGAUUUAUUCUGUGGAGAACACAGGUAUUCCGAUCGACACGUUUGCAGCUUUGAUUAUAAAGCCGUUGGCAAAGAAGCUAUAGCGAGAGAGAAUCCUGUGGUCAAGGCCGCUAAGAUCAUCAAGAUUUGAGAGGACGGAUUAUGAAUCGAACGGUGAAGAAUCGAUUUCGUGUGGUGCUACGCGGCCUUUGAUUUCCCCAAUGCUAAAACCCCAAAUCUAAGCCGUCCAAUCCUGUGAACGUGUGGCCUGGAAGGCGUCUCUUUGGUGAAACGCCACCAAACUUGUCGUCAGUGAGAAUGAAAAGAGGAUGGCUUUCCAUUAUUACCGUUUUAUGCCUGUAGCCUUGGUUCUUAGUUACGGACCAAAUUUUUUUUUCUUAAUUUCGGAAAUAAUAUUAUAACUAAAAAAAAGUCCUCAUGGACGGAAAUAGCCCACCUCUUUUGCUUUUUUUCUCACACACUUUUUUUCGCAUUUUGAUUUUUGAGUUUGGGUUUGAAAUUACGACUUGUAAACUGCUUGUUAUUAACGCUAUGAGCUUUAAAGGGCAUUAUAGUCAUUCUAGUGUA